UCUUUCUCUUUCGCCGCUUUCCCCCUCCCCGCCGACGGAGAGCGCGAGCCGCGGUUGGUCGCGGUGACGUCGCGGGAACGCGGCGGAGGUCCGUUGGGUGUGUGUGUGUGUGCGCGAGCGCGCGCUCGGGAGCGAGCCUCCCUCACAGGACGAGAGCGGCGCGAGCUGCAGGAGGAGGAGAAGACCGUUUCCGUCCGCUCGCUCGCUCGCUCAGGCGGAGGCCGCUCGCCUGGACCCUUCGGCGCGUGAGGUACCUUCGCUGAGGAGAAGCCGAAGAAGAAGCCGCUGCCGCCGUCCAUGCGGCGCUGGGGAAGGGAGCCGAGGGCCGGCGGCCGGCGCCGACGCCCGGGAGUAAGUUGCUGAGGGGCGCCGAGGUAUGAGGCGCUGGGGCCGCGCCGCUCUCCUCAGGAGAAGGAAUGGACGCAGAAGGCCCAGCCCCGCGGUUUUGGGUCCCCGCGGAGCCCCGUCCGCCCUCCGUGUCUCCGUCUCCAUCGCAUCCGCGCGCGCCCUCCGUGCGACAGGUUGGGGGAAGGGGCGUGAGUGCGCGUGCGCGAAAGAUGGAGCGCUGCGUGUGCGUGUUUCGUGUGCACGUCUGAACGGCGAGCGGAGAAAGAGAGAGAGUGGCGGGAUGGAGUAUCAGGUACGCUGGAGGGAGGCGGCGGCGGCGAGGCUUGGCAAUGCUACGCAUCCGGCAUUUCCACCUCCUUGCCAAGCCGCUUCUGGAAAGGAGGCUGGAGCUGAGUUCAAAACACCCCCCUCCCUCCUUUCUUGGACGUCGCCAGCGCUCUUCUUUUUCCCUCCCUUCCCCUCCAAAUCCCCUGCAGUAUUGAGGAGAGCGAGCAGAUCCCUGGAUCCCUCCUCACGGCUAUAUAUUCCUCAGGCUUACGGGGUGGCUGAGAAGUUCUUGCACCCGAGCUGCAGAUCUGUUUGGUGGUGGGUGGUUGGGGGGUGGAUGACGGUGCAUCUUAUUUCUGCAAGCCGGAGACGGAGCCAACAGGUUUGUCCGGAGCGUUUAAUGUGGCCGCCUUCCCCCCCCCCCCACCCCUCCGAUGCUGCAGAGUGUAUCUGCCACAAAGGAAAGAGCUUGGCAUCCCUCCCUCCCCCCCCCCGCGGAAGGGCUUUUUUGCAUCGGGUUGUCAUGCCGAAAACACAUUAUGGCAUUGAUGAUCUCUUUGGCAAACAGCCAUUUUUCUAAGCUGUAUCAACUUCUGCUUUAUACGCCAACACAGGCACCAAAGCUGUGGGGGUUUUGUUGUUUAAAAUACGUUUCUCCCCUGUUGGGCUGUUAGCAGUAACGGAGCAGGUAGGUAGAAAGACAUGGUAUUUGUCUCACUGAGAGUGAUUAUAGCACUGAAUGCUUGAAAGGAAAACCACUGUAUUGACCAGAACGAUGGAAAUUUACCAUGAUUAAUUUCAGUAAGGUCCUUUAUCAGUAUGUGCACUAUUAUGAAUUGUUUUGUUAUUAAUGCCUUGUUUCUUGAGUAGACCCUGGAAGUACAGUAUGGAAGCCACUUUGGGAAGGGAGUACCAUUAGAAGGCAGCAUUCAAAUCUUUUAAAUAAAUAAAUUGAAGGAGAAGCUUCAUGUGGCUUGUAUUUUGAAGCUUGCUGUUAUAUAUUUAGGGACUGGAAAUAAUCUAUUUGACUACUAAGGUAGUUAGAGCUUUGAAUAUGGCUUUGCUACAGUCUGCUAGUAUAGAUAUGAAUUCUUUUUAAAGAAUGUGAGUCCAGAUCUGUUUAAAGCCUGCCCUCUAGUGCAGCCACUCUUACUCAUUUAGGCUGCUGUGUUUAUAUAGCAGUUUUUGGGAAUUCAUAAUAAUAGAUACUUGGUGUAGAAAAUGAGAAAAGGCAAGAGUUUUGAAGUAUGCAUUUUCAGUUCCUUUCCCAAGCUAUAGAAAACACUUAGAAAGUCUCCACUAAGGAAACACACUGAUGAAUAUUAAAAUUGGAUAAGUUUUGCAUCAUUUGCUGCUAAUAUUGUUGCCCCAUGGAGUAAGAUGAAUAGUGAUGAUGCAUUGCCAUUGACAAUUUUUUCCAGAAAUGUACAUUUUUGCUUUUUGUGUGAUGGUUAUCAUACAGUAUCUAAAGAGAAGAAAUGUAACCAUGCAUUUUGUACACUGCUUGUUUUUGUAGAGUACCUGAUGAAGGUAUUGAACUGGAAGAACGGGAACAGCUAUUAGUUGAAAUAACACCUGAAUGGUUGAACAAAUUCCUUUUAGUUCCCCAGACAAAUAUAUGCCAAUAUAGCUUUAAUGAUGUAGAAUUUUGUUUAAUAGAAGAUUUAGAGCCAUAGUUAAUUUUACUGAAAUGUUUAGGCAACCAGGUCAUACUUCCUCAUUAAAUCUACUGACUAGAAAAAAAGGCACCCAUCACUGAUAUUUUAAAGGGAUAAGUAGACAUUGCAGUAAUGUCUUUUCUUUGAGUCUGUCUGGAAUGCUCAGAAAUCACUUUUUGACAAGGGGCUUUGUAUUCUGAUAAUUCCACUAGCUCUUCUGCACUGGAAUUUAAUUUUAUCAGCUUGCACCUCUGGCCUUCCAGUGCUCUAGAAACAAUUUACGUAUGUCUGUUUGCACCACUAUUUCAUACCAUGCUCUCUGUUGUGCCUGAUGUCACCUUUAUAUCUUUCGUUGCUUAUUUCACAUAAGCGCAAGAAAGAGGUACCUUCAUGGUAUUCUUUCUCCCCAUUUCCAAAUUCAUUUCACAAUUCCGUUUCCCAUUGUAUUGUCUCUAUCCUGGAUACUUGAGUUAUUAGAGAGACUUUAUGGGGCAGGUCAUUUUCUUCUGCCUUUCUGUGAAAUGAUGGUGAGUAAGAUGUACAAGGUCAUAUUUUGCACAAUAAAUGAAUGCCUUAACAAGCACUUAAGGUGCCUAAUAAUGUUUGACACACACAUGCCUUUGUGUAUUUUUUAUUAACAUUGAAAUUGCAUAAAACCUGUAGAGCAGGCUUCUAAUUAAGCAGUUGCCUGUGGUAAACUUCCAAGUGACGGGGUAAGAUGUGCUUCUUCCGAAACCUUUGUGCUACUGCUUGUCCCCUAUGCACACUGUUGUAAUACAGUGCUUUGUUACCCUACUUGUUGAAACUUAGGACUUCACCAAGUGACUUUCUUGUCCCCCUUGUUCUUUCUCACAAUUAAGGAAGAGGGCAAUUCUUUUAACCCACCUUUUAAAGACCUGAUUUUGUUGGUGUACCUGUACUGCACACUUGUUUUGUGGAAAUAGGUUGCAGAGCCAUCUCUGUGUAUAAAAGUAAUGCAAAAAUUCAUUCAAUACAGUAUAUUGGAUUUUCUGUAUGAAGUGCUUUGAAGAAUGGGUCAAUGCUUGGGAGCAGGACAAUAGAAGAUGACAAUAGUUUUGAGAUUUUCUUUCUUUAAUAGUUCAAUUCACGCAGUUCAUCUAGAUAAUGUCACAACAAAAUGUGGGGUGGAUCCAGCUGGUGAAUUCAUGGUUUGAAACAACAGUCUAAAACAGAUGUGAUGCAGGAAUUCUGUGGUUGGAAUCUUUGGCUUUAUUUAAAAAGACUCAGUGGGGGAUUUGGAUCAGGGUUGUGACACUUGAGUUGUGUGUUUAACCCUUUCCUCUGUAUCAUUUGAACCCUAUCUGAAUUGACCCCUUGGUUCUUUAUCUCUGUGGGGUGAAUUGGCAGGUACUUUAGGAGGGGAAGCCAGAUGAAGAAAAAGUGUAGAUGGAAAACAGUUUAGUCUAUCCCGCAUCACUGCAAGUCAUGAUCAAAGUCCCUUCUCCCCGCCCCCCUCAUGACUGUUGUUAAUACUUUGUAAAACUAUGAGAGAUCCUAACCAUAUAUUUCCCAUGCCACAUCUGUUUGGUGCUGACAUCUUACUAAGAAUUUUGAGUAAUGGCAGGAAUAAGUUGUACAUGGUAGAUAUACAGAACUUGCCACACAUCAUGAAGUUAUCCAUUGUGUGUUUGCAGCUGAUUAUUUAGCCUGAUUCUGCAGUGAGAGAAUACUCAAACUUUAUUGUCAUUCACAACAUAUUAGAAAAAGAAAAGAAAAGAAAUGUGAUUAAUAAAGGCAAAAAUAACAUUAUAAGAGAAAUUUUGUGCCAGUUGUACAAAUACAAGUUAUUGGAUCACAAUUUUUUACUAGUCCACCUGCCCAUGUAUACAAGUGUAAGCAGCUUGUAGCUCUUGUAAAUGACUCAUUUUCUACCAACUUGCAAAAAAACUCUCCUUUCUGUUCAUCUAGAGGCAGUUAUUAUGCACCAUAGGUGGGUGUAGUAGUGGUAUAUCUUAAGAUUAGAAAAUGUGCCAGAACUAAGGACUGUUAACCUUGCAAAUUUUCUAUCUUUGGUUGAUUACUGCUCCUUUUUGGAACCGCCACACAAAGCAACUGUAAUAUUUAAACCUAAAAUUGCAUCAACUGAAGUCAGGCACCAUGUCCCGUGCUUCUUCAAAGCAUUAAAACUACUUGGAAGACAGCAAUAUAGAAACUACUGUAGGUGUAUUAAACUUGAAGGUUUGUACAGGCUGAGUGUUGGGAUAAGCUCCUGAAUUCAUCCAUUAUAUCUAUUACUCAGGAUGUCAACAUUUGACCCACUCUUUUUAUUGGUCCAUUUGAUCUUUGGGGUGGUAGUCUAUGCGCAUAAUACAUACCUCUGAUUUCUGUGAGAUUUAUGCACACAUUUGAUUGUAUGUUAGCUUUAUAAUUCCUGAAGAGAACUUAAAUAUUUUUCCCCCCUUAGGGAAUAAGGGAAGAAGAAUGCGAAUCUUUCCUCAGAACUGGAUAUGGAAGUAUCAGCAGAUGAAUCUAUGGAAAACAUGAGGAAAAAUUGAAACUACAUGAGCAAAGCAUAGAUAAGAUGAUACCUUUGGAGAGGGCAGUACCAUGGUUGGUAGAUUUCAUUUCUGAUUUAUUCAAAUUUAGGUUGUUUUUUUUUUAAUUACUUCACUACAGUGCUUGUGAAAUUCCUCUGGAGGUAUUGCAGUUAUAUCAUGAUUUCCAAGCAGUUUUGCUAGUGUAACAAUUAGUGAUUGUGCUUUACAUUGAUUUUACAUAAUGUGCACAAUGGAUUGAUUUGGAUUUUUUGCUAAGGCAUUAUAUUUAGGCAUUCAGGCUUAUAUGAGAACAAACUGAAAUAUACCUUCAGUUUCAUUACACCAGUAUGGAUGCAUUCACUUCUAUUUUAGAUUAGCUGCAACUUGUUGUUGUGUCUGAACCUGAAUAAACUGUACCUUGACUACGGUUUGUUGAAACAAACCAACCUCAAACCAGUUUAUGAAACUGGCUUGUUUCAACUAACUAUAGUUUAGAUUAACCAAAGGUUAGAGUUCAGAUGGCCUGCUAAACUGUUAUAUAAAACAGUAACUCCUGAUCUCUUCAUGGCUGUGCUAAAGGGGGAAGUAUGCAGAUUUGAGGCUAACUGCAAUUUAUUCUCUUAAUGGUAAACCAUGGUUUCACAUUGUGUCCAAAUGCAGUCCAUAUGCCAUGAAAUAUGUAUGCAUGUUUUUUGACUGCUCCCUUGAUACAUGCAACUGAGAUCCUUUCUUGGUUGCUGAGCUCUUGUAUUGUAAUGAGGAAUUAGUAAAGAAAGCAUGCAUAUAUACUUUUAAAUAAAAAUGUACUAUGAAUGGAUUUUAUAUUCUGGUAUCAAGAAUACAAAAAAGAGAGAUUUUUUCCAAAUGAUAUCCCUGUAUUUGCAGGUUAAGGGUGCUUACAGUGAUUGGGAACAAGCAUUUUCUGUGGAGAGAAUCUGCACUUCCAUGGAGUUCUGAAAGUUGUACACUAGCAUAUUAGAAACAUAGAAUUAUAGAAUUCGAAGAAACACUGGGAAUGAUUUGGAAAAGUGAGGUUAGAGUUUUAAAUGCAAUGCCAUUAAUUGCUACUGACAGUGAUGUUGAGGACAUUCAUUGAAAAAAAAAGUGUUUUUAAAUAAGCCUGGAAAAUUGAAAGACUGCCAGCAGAACUAGCCAAUACUACUUGUGAUGGUUAUAUACUCUAGACAUGAAUGUGGCCCACACACUCUGUACAUUGGAAAGUCACAUUGUGGUGUUUCAUUACCAAGGGGGCCUUGUACAGCAUUGUAAAAUGAUUACCAUAGACAGACAGAUGCUGGCUCUUGCACAAAUAUUUUAGUUAUAGUUAGCCAUGCAACAUCAAGAGUCAUAAUUUUUUUUCGUGAAAUCACUUUUGAUGUAGCUGCUGUGCUUGGAAAAACUAGAGUUAGUUUCUUCCAAGGUUUUCUCAGAUGUUGAAGUAUACUUGAAUUUUUGAAGUAUAAGUGCCUAUUGUUUUGUUGGAAGAUAUCCAAAGUUUCAUACAUCUUAAUUCAUGGAUGAACUAUAUUUUCUCAUUUCCAAUCAAAUGGCACUAGCCCUAUAGAGCGACCAUUAUUUUCCUCCAACUCUCAGCAUUAGAGCUUUCCUAAAACUUCAUUUGCACAUUGCCUGUAGCAUCACCUCCAUGGUUGCUGCGACACCACUCCAGUACAUGUUGCAUCCAAGAGGAUGCGAUGAAUUAUAUGGUUGCAUAUCAUGCUGAUGACAUUUACCUUGUGGAUGCUUCACUAGCAUAGUACAUAACCACAUGGGUCAAGCACAUGGGUCAAGCAUGUAGAUGUUGCUUGAAGCAACUAUUGAGGUGGUGGUAACUACAUGGUAUUUUUUAUUUUGAAUGGUCUAAUUGUAUGUUAGGUACCACAGAUCUUAAUGUUACGCUGCCCCCAUUAAAUAAUGAAUGGCAAUACUGUAUGUGAAUAAUAUCUUUGCUUAGAUUAGCUUACAACAGUUUCCUCAUUCUUCCCAUUUAAUGCAUAUUUUAGGCACAGGCAGUCCCAGGAAGAAUUACUUUUUUUUUUGUAUUCUUUUUUUCUUCAUUCCUGAAAUAAAUUUGUACUUGUGUACUGAACUACUCUGAAGUGCUUUGCAAAACUCUAUAGCAUAUCUUAUACAUUUUUAGAGUUUAGACACAUUUCAAUUAGCUAUUCCAAUUCUCCUUCAAGAAAGUAUUUUUAAACCUGUUUUCUGGACCCAAAGGCUAGCUUUUAGAGUAGGUGAAGUCUUAUUCUUCUUAUCUUAAGUAAAUAUAUAUUCUAAAAAAAAAAUUUCUUUUUGACUUCUAGGUACGUUUGGCAGUGAAAAUGGGUUGUGCAUCUGUUUCAAAUACUUUCAUAUGAGAAGACACAAUUUUUAAAAAGUUUCAGCAUUACUACUUCAAGCAGUAUGGCUGGUUUCAAGCGAGGGUAUGAUGGAAAAAUUGCUGGACUGUAUGAUUUGGAUAAAACCUUGGGGAGAGGGCAUUUUGCUGUGGUCAAACUUGCCAGACACGUUUUUACAGGUGAAAAAGUAGCGGUGAAAGUUAUUGACAAGACCAAGCUAGAUACUCUAGCAACAGGACAUCUAUUCCAAGAAGUUAGAUGCAUGAAACUAGUGCAGCAUCCUAAUAUUGUUCGCCUGUAUGAAGUUAUUGACACCCAGACCAAACUUUACCUAAUCUUGGAACUUGGUGAUGGAGGAGAUAUGUUUGAUUACAUCAUGAAACACGAAGAAGGGCUUAACGAAGAUCUGGCAAAGAAGUACUUUGCUCAGAUUGUUCAUGCUAUAUCCUACUGCCAUAAACUGCAUGUAGUUCACAGAGACUUAAAACCGGAGAAUGUUGUCUUCUUUGAAAAACAAGGACUUGUGAAAUUGACUGAUUUUGGCUUCAGCAACAAAUUCCAGCCUGGGAAAAAACUCACAACAAGUUGUGGUUCUCUUGCAUAUUCUGCUCCAGAAAUUCUACUUGGUGAUGAGUAUGAUGCACCUGCAGUAGGUAAGUCAAUGAAUUAAGAGCAAACUAAAGUCACUUUUAUUGCAUAAAUUAUUUUGUUUCAGAGCAAGCUGCCAUUGGAAGUAAAUAUUUAGAAAUACAGUAGGAAGAUGAAAGUCCGCAAAGGUCCCUGUGUAGCUCUUCAUUAUGCUAUUUAUGUUUUAACAUACUAACUAGUCCAGCGUCUUCUACUUUGGAGUUGAUGCAGUUAGGCUUGUUGGUAAUUUCUUGGAUAGGAGUAUUUGUGCAUCCUUGAUAAUGAACAUGGUUUGUUUGGAGGAAUUUACACUAGAAAUACAAAGUGUCUGAAGGUUUCCAGCUGGAACUAAGAGAUCUAAAUGAUGACAAGCUAUACUAAAGGAAGGGCUGUGGUUUAGUGGUAGAGCCCAUGCAUGAAAAUCUCCCAGGUUCAAUCCUUGGCAUCUCCAGAUAGGGCUGGGGAAAAUGCCCAUGUCAGUGUAAACCAUAUUGAGCCUGAUGGAUCAAUUGUUCUGUGUUCUUAUUAAUGGCUGCACUAUGUUCUUAUUAAUGGAUGCACUCCGAUGUACAAGGAGUUCCUAAAAAAGCAGGGUAUUUCUCAUGUAUUUAUCAGUGAAGUCAGCUCUGUUUGCAUUAGAACCCCAGAAUACUAUGGAAUGUGCUGACAGCAUGUGAAUACUGACAGCAAUUUAUCAAGUGGUGUACAUACAGCCACAUUUGCUCUCAUGAUGCAGAGAAUUGCCACAUAUCUGCAUUUCCUAUCAGUAUUAGGAAGAUAGUAAGGCUUUCUUGUUCAUAGCAGUAGCACAGAGUGUUUGGUAAAUGGUCUCCUGUAUUCAUCCAGUGUCUUCUCAAAUAAAUGUUUGUUUCCCCCUCAAACUGCAGUAUUUCCUUUUAUGAACAGGAUAACAUCAAAUACACAAGGAUGAUAUUGGACAGCUGUAAUCAUUUCAGUGGAUGCAAGAAUUGGCAGUUAAUGCCUGCAGGGAGUGUAUUCUCAAGUUAUCACAAUCUGUUGGCACCCUAUAGUUGUAACGUAGGAGCGUAUUUAUAAGUCUUGUGUUAUAUGAAGAAAAUACAUUAAGCAGGGUGCCCAAGGCAGGGUUGUUUCUGACAAGUAAAUGUCCAUUUGAUGUCACUAAAUGUGUUUGCCCUAAGAUACACAAGAGGUGCUUCAGAUCUCUGCUAGUGACUUUAGAAAACAGAAUUAGAUGUUGAUCAGGCCUGAAAACACACCAGAAUACCACGGGGGGGGGGGGGAGAGAUUGUACAUCUGACAUUCAGUGUUCUUCACGUGGCUAUGCAAUAGGCUAAUUUCAUAUAGUAACUGAAUUAUAUUAGAUAAUUGUUUUUUUUUCUAAUUGAUGUUUUCCUAGUAUUUCUCAGCUAACUUCUGAAGAUGCAGGAAAUGGAUAGACUUCCUGAAAUUCUGUUUGUUUGUUUUUUGUUCCUAUUACUGUCAGUGUGUGGGUUGGCAGGAGCCAACUAGAGAAAUGUAAAUGAAAUUAAGCACAGUGAUGAAACAAAGCCUAGUUCAAUAUAGAUGCCCAUAACUUCCAUUGACUUCUUGCUGGACCUGUAUUGGGAGAUUCAUGAGAAACUAAUUUGUACAUUUCCAAGUUAAUUGUGUGUUUCUUUGCACAUGCAUGCAGAAAAUGUAGAUGAGCAUCAUAGCAAUAUUUCUUCAUAAAAACAUUUAUGAUAAAUGCUGGAUUUGUGAAUAUUUAACUUGCCUGUAUAAAUCCCAAACAGGACUUACUUUAAGUCUUGCUAGAAAGGGAAAUAACUGUUGAGUCAUGACGUGUUACAGCUUGAUUGAAUAAGGAUUAAGAUACAUUUAAGGCUUUUCCUUUUAGAUAUUUCUGCUGGUGCAUGUCUGUGUCAGCAUUUAGUGUUACAUUGUUUAAAACAAUGUAGCCCCUAUGUACAUGUGAGAAUUCGUUCUGAAGGUCCGUUCUUAACCUGAAACUGUUCUUAACCUGAGGUACCACUUUAGCUAAUGGGGCCUCCUGCUGCUGUCGUGCGAUUUCUGUUCUCAUCCUGAAGCAAAGUUCUUAACCCAAGGUAGUAUUUCUGGGUUAGCGGAGUCCGUAACCUGAAGUGUCUGUAACCUGAAGCAUCUGUAACCCAAGGUACCACUGUGUGUGGGGAAAGUACAGUACAACCGAUGGCUCUUUCCGGUUUUAUCCUUGUGGAGGCGGUGGUGUGAACAGAGUACAUUUUACAGCAAACAGUGUUGGGACAUAUUUAUCAGAGCUUCUGGUUAGAUGAAUGUGGGAUGCCUCCAAAUAGAAAUAUAUUUACUUUUCUCUAGAACCAAAGAGGAAAAACAUACAAGGGAUGUAUGUAGGCGUGUUGAUCUAUUAGAAGAAAAUAUAAAAAUCACAGUAACAUAAUAGGACCAAUUAAAAUGUCUCAAAACAGUAAAUAAACUUUUGCGUUUUCCUGGGGGAAGGGGAGACACAGCUGGACAUGUUGGAGCCCAAAAGACUGCAGUUUGUAAGAGUCUUUAAAUGAAACACCAAUGGCAUUGAAGCAGAUUAAUACCUUCUAGAUGUAAAAUGAUUUCUGGAUGCAGAGGCUGCUGGCACAAACACCAGUGGCUGUUCCCCCAGAUUUUGGAGAUAUAAAAUUUGACAGUUACUCAAAUCUUUCUCCCACAAAGAUGGAAACAGAGGUCCCUUGUGAGGGAGAGAGCUGACAUACAUUUUACAUUGGCAAAGAUUGAUAGAAGCCAAUUUGGGUAAUAUACAUAGUGAUUAGAAAACAUUACCUUUUAUCUGAAGAGGAGACUUGGGUUUGGGAGUUAUGUGCUUCUGCUUCCAAUUUUGGAUGCUAUUGAAUCAUUUGCUUAACAUCAGCCUCAAGAGCCAAGCCAUUUGCUUAAUUUUCAGCCUGGAGAACUCAAAAGUUUCUCACUAUUUUUUUCUAUUCUAGUUGCUCCUUAUUAAGGCUGUAAAUUUUGAACUUAGGAAGGGUGAGGCACCUGCAUGAACUGUUUAUAAUUGGGUGUGUAAAUUAUGCAGGAAGAAUUUAGGUGUUUUAAUUAUAUCUUAGUGUAAUUUACUACGUUGACUAGUUAGCUAGAUGUCUAACACUCUAAACUUCCAUAUGGAAAUGGUUAUUCUGCUCUUGUCUCAGGCUCUUUCUUCAGUAGUAAAGGAAUAAAAGUUACCGGUUACUCCAGUUUGACUCCAUCCCCGUUUCCUCUUGCUGUGUUGUAGCAUUAUUUUCAUUCUAGUUUUAGUCUCUUAAGGGCAUUGGUCUUCAACUGAUAGAUCAUUGUAUGGUUGAAGACCAAGGCCCUUAAAGACUAAAACUAAAAUGAAAAUAAUGCUACAACACAGCAAGAGGAAACAGGGAUGGAGCUAAGAGUGCAUUGUAAGGGUGCAGCUUCAUUUGUUUGUUUUUAAGAAAAAUAGAAGAGGAAAAAGAAUAGAGAUGCUUAUAUGGUAGCAAAUUAGAAGUUGAUUUUUAAAAAAAAUAGAUGUGGCUUCAAAUUUUGAAAAUUUGAUGAUUACUUUUUACCAGGUAGUAAAAAAAAGGUAGUUUUCUCUUUUGGAAGGAUUGACUUGUGGGUUGUUUAAAAAGACAUUGCAUUGCCUUUCAGCCUUACCUCAUACAGCUAUGUUACUUCGUAUAUCUUCUAUAUCAGCACAGGUCAUUGGAACACUUAUGGAAUGGGGGUAGAUGUAGAAUGAUUUGGGGGGGGGGUAGCUUGGUCAUUUCCUUGAGAGGAGGUAGGACAUAUCAGUACCUAGAGCUAAAUGUUUGUACCCUUCUGCAAAUAAAUACUUUUUAUUAGUACAUUGGCUCUACAUCAAGUAGUCAAUCACUGUACUAAUCAACAAACCAUAAAUGGAAGUUUAAGAGUUCAAACAUAGUUUAUUGAAAGCCAGAGAGAUAACAGCAAGAGUCUCUCUCUCUCUCUCUCUCUCUCUCUCUCACACACACACACACACACACACACACACACACACACACAGAGAGAACAUUUUAAGUGAGCUCCAAAUAUGAGCCUUUACAAUUGUGUGAUGGUCUUCUGUAAUAAGAUUCCUUGAGAAAAACAAAACCUUUAGGAAUAUGUACCAUAUUUUUCCAUCUAUAAGAUGCUCCCUAAUUUUUGACAUUAUUUUUUAGGGGAAAAACCUAGUCUUAUACAUGGAAAAAUACGGUAUUUAUUGGGAUUUUUUUACCCUGCUUUUAAGCCCAAAAGGCUUCAAUAAAAACAAGACGGUUCCUGCCUUCAGAGUUACAAUCUAAAAAACACCACAUAAAGAAGGAGAUGAGGAGAGAAGAACAAGGACACUCAGGAGCUGUUUCUUAAAAGUUAACAAAGUGGUUUUUAUACUGAUCAGCCACAAUGGAAGCUGGGAGGCAAACUGGUCUCAGCAAAACUGAUCAGAGUGUGCUUUCCUAUAUCUCACUCUUGCUGCAGUCUGAUGGUGUAAAUGCUGCUAGCAGCAUUCGAAACUGGGAAAGAAAAGCAAGGCUUCACACAGUCCCUGGAACCUAGGUUGUAGGGUGCCAAAACACAGUUUCUAGGUGCAUUUGAAGCUCUUGCAGACAAUCGGAAGUCGUGGAAGCCACGUCAGACGUUCGGGUUCCAAAGAACAUUCGCAAACCGGAACAAUCACUUCCAGGUUUGCAGUGUUUGGGAGCUGAAACGUUCAACUUGCAAGGCAUUGGACUUCCGAGGUACGACUGUACAGAUAAUUCAUUCAGAUUUUCUGUAGUUUCCUUAUGUUCCUUUCAGUAUACCUUAUCUCCUCUUCAUCCAUUGUUCAAGUGCCUACCUAGUUGGUGUCUUGUUUUUUGAAAGACAGUAGCUAAAGACAUUAUGAUUGUCGAUCUUAAUGUUUUUAGUGAUGUGUGCCUCAAAUUCUUUUUAGGCACCCUUUAUUGUCUGCUUGUGUUCAAAUUUGUGUUCCAUAUUAUCAUUUGGGCAAAACCUCAGUUUUCUGAGUGAAGCAUUCUUGCUUCUAAUAGCUUCCUUGACGCUUGUUUCUUUAACAACAUUGGCAUCCUUGGAUUUGGUGGUAUCUUUUCUGAUAAACUGAAUACAUUCUAGCUGAGCAAUUGUUGUGGCUUUGUGGGAAGAUUUUCCCUUUCAAUUUUGUUUAAUUAGCCAAUCUAUGACCUUUUAAACUGUGUGCGCACACAGGGUGGAGGGGUAUUGUUUGCUACUGUGGUAUGUAUUUCUUGGAUAGGGGCAGUAUAGAAAUUUAAUAAAUAAUAAUAAUAGUAAUCUUUAAAAUAAGGGGACUUGUAAAAGAUUACUAUUCUGAAGUCAAAUGUGAUUAUGUUGGAUUUUUUGACAAUUGAAUACUUAUGCGUGUUGGAUUUCAUAGCAUUGUGGUCACUAGUUCCAGUUGGUUUCAACAGUGUUUGAACUUCUACCAGGUCCUGAGCAGCAUCCAUAGUUUUUCCUCCUUUGGUGGAUUCCAUGACCAACUGUUCCAGGGCACUAUAUUGAGGCUAAUGAAAAAUGCAUAUUUUUGUGUGACCAGAAUAUUCAUCUAACAGUCUCUGUGAUUACAAUUGAAGGCAUCCAUUACUACAUUUCCUGAUUUUCACCCUCCAUCUCAAGAUCACUAUGAGCAUUUUGGUCAGGGAAGUAUCAGUAUGUCCUUAGUACAGUCAAACCUCUGUUCCCGAAUGGCUCCGUUUUGGAACGUUUUGGCUCCCAAACGCCGAAAACCCGAUAGUAAAUCCUCCUGUUUUCGAACAUUUUUCAGAAGCUGAACAUCUGAUGCAGCUUCCACUUGAAUGCAGGAAGCUCUUGCAACCAGUCGGAAGCCAAACCUCAGUUGUCGAACAUUUUGGAAGUCAAACGGGCUUCCAGAAUGGAUUAUGUUUGACAACUGAGGUUUGACUGUACUAAAUUACUUCUGGAGCCUGGUAUUGCCACCCACAGCAAUUUUUGGAGGGGUGUGUCUACUCCGUUUAAGAUUUAUAGUUUGUAUGCCAAAGAGACAUAAUCAGUGGUCCUGUCAGAAUUAUUUUCACCCUCAUCCUCUAGGUAUGAUACAUUCCAAAUAGGAUGCUAUCCAGCUUCUUUCAGCUUUCCUCCAGGAUUAAGUUCAAAAAUUGGUGUGCAACUUCUGACAUCAAGCAUUGGAUCCUAGCCAAUUGCUGCAUUAAAUUACAUUAACUUCAUUUAGAGAUUCCAGAGUGUUUGUCGAUAUUCCAUGCAUCCAGAAGCCUAAUUUGAGUACAGAACUUUCAAUUACGAAAAUAAAUGAGACAGCAGGCCUCAAGCUUUGUACGUGUAUCGGAGCCCCAUAAAAUUUUUGAUCUGAAGCGAUUGUUCAAGUCACAUAGUAUAUAUCUUGUUGGGACAAUUAUAAACUCAGUUGCAUUGCUUUGGCAGCAGAGAAAGGAAUGAAAAAUAAGAGAUACAGUGGUACCUUGGUUGUUGAAUGGCUUGGCUUCCAAACAAAUCGGCUCCAGGACACCACAAACCCAGAAGUGUAUGUUCCAGUUUGUGAACGUUUUUCAGAAGCCGAACGUCUUCCGCAGCUUCCGCUUGAGUGCAGGAAUCUCCUGCAGCCAAUUGGAAGCCGCGCCUUGGUUUUCAAACCAUUUCGAGAGUUGAAAUAACUCCAGGACGGAUUAAGUUUGACAACCAAGGUACCUCUGUAUUUGGUUCUACGUUCAGUCCAAAAUUGGUGCUACCACACUAAAUUGCUUAACUUCUCUGAAUUCAUGAGACAGUUGUGCCUUAUUUCCUGUCAACACGACCUUUUAAUGAUGACAUCUUGAAUUUCUUGUCAUCCCGUCAUUGUGUGUGACUUUUUUUAGUGCAACUCAUUUCCUGAACUGUACCUGCACUGUCAUCAGUGGCAUAACAGUAAACCGAACUCUGAUCACUUUGCGGGCCAAGCACUCUGUAGCAACAGCAGAGACAGGAAAUCCUCUCCAAACCAGAAAGGAAGGGGGCAAGAAAGAGUGAGAACAUCAUCACAGUGGAUUGCUGGGGUGGGGUAGACCGUGGGAAAGACAUUGUGUAAAAGUCUAGUUGAAACUGUUGAGCCUGAUCUGUAGUUGUCUGUCUCCACUGCUUUAAUACUGAUUUUAUGUGAAAAUGACAUUUUGAAUUAUUUAAGUGAUUAUUGCAGUUAAAAAUUUGGAUAACCUCACUUCCCAAAAUGUAAGACUCAAACCUUUCCACUGUUCAGUUCAGCACAACAUUGUAAUAUGCUAUCAAAAUGAAAUGGUGUAACAGGUGUUUAUUAUACCAGUUCAGAUUAAAAUCAGCAAUUAUUUUGGGUUUACAUAAAGCCCACAACCCCCUUGCUCAGGCUUUGUGAACUACUUGUGGGUCAUGACCCACAGGUUGCAAAACACUGUUUUAGAGACUUAGAAAUUGAGAAGGCAAGCAUCAGCUGUGAUGCUGGAAUUGCUUCAAAACGCCUUAGAAAUACGAUGUGAUUAUUAGCUUCUGUAAACCAUGAAGAUCUGGUCUCACAAGGAGCAAUUUCUGAAUGUUUUAGGCCUUCACUAUGGGAUUUGUGGCCUAAUAUUUUUGUUUGGAGUUUUUGUGUGUGAGAAAACUGUCCUUUUUUUGUCUGUAUAUGUAAAUACAAGCCAAGUCUUGGUGCUGUCUCCUCACUAGAUUUGAGAUGAGCAUGGCAGGGGCAGUCAGUGACGUGGCUUGGUUUCCAUGGCAGUGACUUGAUGUUAUGUAAGGAAGUUGCAUAUACACUGGCUGGUUGUCAUGGUUCUAAGAAUCGUACUCAAACAGCUCUUUCUCAAUCGGAUUUUUUCAGUAACAUUGAAGGUACACAGGUGCUGACCAACAACACUUAACACAUUCUUAUUUGUGUGUCUGUCACAAUUCAUAUAGCCCACUAGUCCUUAAGAACAGCGUCCUAUUUUGAGAGAAGGAAUUUAUUUUUAAAACCACAGAAUGUCCCUGUACAGUUCUCAUUCAGAUCCUCUUCCUGAACAUAUUUUGUGCAAUUCUAAAUCCACUUUUUAGGGAAACAAACAAUGAUUCUUGCUAACAGUGCUUUUUCACUUGACGUCGUUCCAGAUUUUUUGUGAAGAUAUUCUGCCAGGCUAUUUACAUAGGCUAGCAACAAAUAGAAAAGCUUAAAAAAACAAAACAAACACCAACUGCUUCUAAUGUUGGGAGUUCUUAAAAUGACCGUUAAGUUCCCAAGGGAAAUGGGAAGGUACCUGGAAACAAAAUCUUGCUUACUUUAGACUUGAUGGCUAGCAACAGGGGUAUAAACAAUGUUGUUUGCAUUUCCUCCUAUUGUAUUCUUUCCUGUACAAACUUAGCUCUUAAAUUAGUAUGGUAAAAUUGUGAUAAUUUUCAAGCUGUUAGGUAUUGUUUUAAAUGCUUUAGCAGUUUUCCAUGAUACCCAUUUUCAACCAAUAGUUGAUUAAAAAAAAAAUUAGGUUAGUGUGUUGCAUGCAGGGCACAAUAAAGACGUGUUUAUAUAUAUAAACAAAGGUGAAUAAUUUGUCCGGGGAGAGGGGGAAAUAGUAUCUAAAAAAUUAAAAUCUGCACCCACCAAGGUAAUAACUGUGGCAGCAUUGCUGAAUAUAAUCUUCACAUUUCCACUAUUUAUUUCAGUGAGCAUAUGAAGCUGCAUUUCAUCUUUCUGUGUAUAAGGCAUUUGUGGUAUUACGCUGCUCAGUUCUGAACAAUUAAAAUGUUGGUUCAAAUUAACUAUGGUAGGAAACUAAUUUUUCUCCCUGUGUCGAUUACAAUAGGUUGUUGUUUUUCAAGUACAAUAUUUUUAAAAUCUUGUUACAGAUAUAUGGAGCCUGGGAGUUAUCCUUUAUAUGUUGGUAUGCGGGCAGCCACCAUUCCAAGAAGCAAAUGACAGCGAAACUUUGACAAUGAUCAUGGACUGUAAAUACACGGUGCCAUCACGUGUGUCCAAAGAAUGUAAAGAGUAAGUGAAAUGUCGAAGAUAAUGUAUUGAAAUUAAAAUCAUAACACUAAUCAUUCAGUAUAGAACCAGUGUGGUGGUUAGCUAGGACUAGCACAGGGCUAGGUCCCAGGUAAUCCCAGCUCACCCAUUAUUUAGGACUGUAGGCCAGGAACUAUUCUUUCAACCCUCACAGGGUUGUCAUGAUAAUGAAAUAGAAGAACCAUAUAUACUACCUUGAGCUCCCUAGAUAAAUAUGAAGUUUUUCUUCAUUCUUGAAAUGGUUUGCUUCUUUAAACAUCACCCUUUAUCACGUUCAUUAAAUGUUUGCAUGUUGAUGCGCUACAGGAGAGGGGUAACUUCUUCGCAGCUGAGGUCCAAACGGGAAAUAUUAACUUGAUGGUUCCUUUGAAGCUGUGCAUAUCUACUUUCAUCAGUGUGAUGGAUGCAAAGUCUAUGUACAGAUAAGAAACGUUUUCAAAGCUAAAGGAAUACCUUCUCUCCCUUUACCAUUUUUAUUGCCGAAGCCCACAAUGAGAUGGCUCAGCCUGCUUCCUGGCAGCAGUACUUGGCUGCUGUUGUCAGUUGAAGAAUACAUUGAUAACUGGAAACGUGAAACCCUGUAAACUAUUUUUUAUUGAGUGAUUUUCUGUAUUCACAUGGCCCAUUGUAGAAUAGCAAUUUGUUAAUAAAACAGAAGACAGUUUAAGAACUCAAGUCUAUUCAAUAAACAUUGUGAAGUCUGUUGGAGCUGGAAAAAAAUAAUUUGUUUUUUAAUUGCAAUUCUGGUUUUAGUAAUUUUGAUUGCUUUUUAUAUGACUUGACACUUGCUUAACACAGGUCCAUAGCCAUUCUGUGACUUCUAUAGACAGGUUAAAAAAACUAAUAAGUGGAAAGUAAUCCCAAGAAUAAUUCUACCUUGUCAUAAUUCUGUGGCUGCUUCAGAUACCCCUAGUUGCAGGUUUUAAUUUUGUCUUGUCCCUCAACUGUAUGCAUUGUUUUGUUUUUAUUUUUUCUGUACUUCUGUUUGUAUUAUAUAUGUGUAAGGAGCAUCAAGAGAGAUAUGAAAACAGUCAUGGUAGAUAAGCUAGUUUGCCAUCUAAACAAGCAAGCAGACAUCCAUACUUUCAAAUUUGUUUGUAGAUGUGUGUAGAAACUAACUUUUAAACUUGGGGAAUGAUGACACCCCUUGGAUGCUUGGGAAACGUUUUCCUACUGUGAUGGUGCUAACAUACUUAUAGAGCUGUAUCUUUGUUUCCAGCUUAAUCACACGAAUGUUACAAAGAGACCCAAAACGAAGGGCAUCUUUGGAAGAAAUUGAAAACCAUCCCUGGCUUCAAGGAGUUGAUCCAUCGCCUGCAACAAAAUAUAAUAUUCCUUUGGUUUCAUACAAAAAUCUGUCCGAGGAAGAGCACAACAGCAUCAUACAGCGAAUGGUUCUGGGAGACAUUGCAGACAGAGAUACCAUAGUAGAGUAAGCCACCGUUUUCUAUUGUGUUUACAUUCCAGGAUUGCAAUUCCAAUUUCGUUGUUACAGAACAAUUUUCUGUAUAGAGCACAAGAAAAUCCUUUUCUGGAUCAGGUGCAUGUCAGCUUAGCCAAGUUUCCAGCCAUUACCAGCCUUAAAAGUAAAGCUGAAGGCAACCAACUUGCCCUGAUUUAUGCCCACUGGUAUUCAGAGGAAUAACUGCAGAUGCAAGAUGCACCAAGCGUUUGUAUGUAUCUUUGUAAGCUAAAGUGGCCCAUGACAAAUUAAAUCAUUUACAGAACAUGUCAAAAUAUCAGUAACUUUUUGGAAAUAAGUUACCAAGUCUGGUCAAAGAGGAGCCCUGUGUAAAGCCCAAUAAUCAAAUUGUCAUUCAUAUUCUAUUCAGUAGCUUGAGUUUUCUUUCUUCUUGGGUCUCUGGGCAAUGGCCUUAUCAGCAGUUUCCUUUUCUCCCAUGUGUAGUUGAUUGGGGCAGCAGGCCAAAGAGUGGGGCACCCUGGUUUUGGCAUGCAUCUUGUUCAGUCGUGUCCUGUUUUUUAUGCACUAUUAUCUGGCUCCCAACAUCCUUGGCCAUGUUAAGGAAACACUGGGUUAUUGGGGGUGUAGGGCGUUGCUUGAAGGAGUAGGUAUUUCCACUAUGUGGCUUCUUCCUAGUGUAAACCGCUUUUAAAUUGUAUGUUUUGUUGUAACCCAAACAUUAACUUUAUAUGUUCAGCUGCUGAAUAGUGAAAGUGGCAAUGUUGGAGACAGGCCCAAUAUAGAAGCCACUGAGUUAACAAGUGGAUGCUUUAAAACAGUUGAAACAGGAAUUUGUAUCUGCCAAGAAGCCUGCUGUUGAUGCCUAAUGACUAACGAGAUGAACACAUUGUCCGUUUGGCUAUGGAAGAUCAGUGGCAGAUUUAAAAGUAACACAUCACCUGUUUGCAAAUUGAUUUUAUUUUGGUCCUUUGCCUCUCCCCUUUGUGUAGUGCUAGGCAGUGGCUAGUUGGCAACAAUGCUCCCGUGAGCUGAGUUGGGGGAGAAUGUGAGGAAAGUCCAUGCUAAUAAAUGCUCUCCUGCUUUCAGGGCAAGCACUUGAUAAAGUCUCAGUCAACAUUGACAAAGUUUGUUUCCCUGGGGUUGCCUCUCCCUGCAGUGAGAGGUCAUCGCAGGGAGGCAGUGGAGACACUCCCAGUCUCCUAAUCUCAGUAAUCGUAGUCACAAAUGUAUGUAUCAGGAGCUCAGCCUGGAAGAGAAUUCCUUUGUUUGAGCAGACUAUCUGUAAAAGUAAAGUAUAGUUAUAUCUGACAGCUGCAAAAGGUUACUGAAGCAUAGACUGGCAUUCAGUAAAUUACUGUGAUUGGGGAAAAUCUAUUCAGCUUUUGGUUGCUUUCCUUAAUAUAGCCUAGUUUGAUUAUUGAACUUGCCACAUUAGGUUGUCCAGUUCUUAAUAAACUAAAAGCUAUUUGUCAAUAUGUCAAAAGACUAAUUUCUACUUACAGGCACUGUUCAGUAUUUGCUUUGAGGUGCAUUGUAAGCAGUGCUGGCUGCAUGUCCAGUUUCAGAAAACUGUUGAUGUAUGAUGUGUUCCAUUUUAAUUUUAUUUCCCCCAGGGCUCUGGAAACCAACAAAUACAAUCACAUCACUGCUACCUACUUCUUACUAGCAGAGCGGAUUUUGAGAGAGAAGCAGGCGAAAGAAAUACAAACCAGAUCAGCAAGCCCAAGCAAUAUCAAAGCUCAGUUUAGGUAAUAAUUUAAAGUACUCAAGUUGUACUAAAUUUAAGAGUUUUUAAUCAUCCAUUCUUUAAAAGGGCCCACCUUUUUGAUAAUUUUAAAUAGAUUGUCAUGCUACUGUGGUGUAUCAUUGCCAAAACACUGUGUGCUCUACAGCUUCUGCACAGCUAAGUUGGUAGUUUUGAAGGCAUUUUGCUGCUGAAGGUUUUUAACUGUUCUGCAGGUUGGGAUCUGGAAGCUUAUUCACCAGCAGCACAGCCACAGAAUUAGUUCAGUGGAGAAAUGUUCGUUUUCUUUUCUCCUGUCAUGCUGAAGUCGCCAUUCUUAGCCUUUCUAUCAUUGAAUUCACAACCUAGGAUAAUGUUAGGUAAGGAAUAUCUGAGUUCAUGCUUGCCCCAGCGCAGGCCACAACUGUAACACAGAACGAAUCAGCCACUUUGUGGUGGUGUUGUUGCAGAGUCUGCACCCUAUUCCAACAGGCAGAAUUUCCCAUGAAGAAUGAGAGCUCAGAGAGAGAUGGAAAUCGGUGCAUCCCAUUCCUGUUAGAUCAGAUAUGGAGGCUUCUGCCCCUGCAGAUGGUGAGGGACUACAAUGUCCAUCACCCCACCCACUAGCCAUGCCAGCUGGGGCUGAUGGAAGUUGGGAGAGUGGAGGACAGCCUGUUACCACCUAUAGGUGGUAAUAAGAAAAUGCGCAAAUAAAGCUGCCUACAUGUGUCUAGUUCAGCUUUGUCUAACCUGACUUGGCAGGAGCUCUCCACCAUCUUGGACAGAGAUCCUUCAAGCUUUCCCUGUUAAAGAUCAUCAGACCAGGAAUGCCAUGGAUUGAGCAUAGCACAUGCAUGAGAAAGUGUGUGCUCUACCACUGAGUUAUAGAACAUAGCAAUAUCGUGGCUCUGUCAGGAACUGUAACUGGGAAGUAACUGCUGAAGCCCAUACCAAAGUUCCAUUGGUGAGCUUGAGGGUACUUUGUGGGAAAGGAGUAGGCAGUUAAAAAAAUAAAUUGCCUAGAAAGUUGUAUUUUCAGAAACGGAAUAGUUAAAGAAGCUGAAAGGUAUAAUUAGGAAGAUCCCUUCAGGAAGGCAGGACUAUUUAAAACCACUGCAAUAGAGACUAAAAUAAAAUGUACACUGCAAAUGAGAAGAAACACAAACAAGUCCAGAAAUAUGUCAUUGUGUUUAAAAAGUUCCAUCAGAGAGUAUAUGAAAGGCGGAGGCCUUAUUUUAAGAAAUUGAAGUCUUUUCAAAAUGAAGACAAUAACCAGCAAAAGUUCAUGUGCCUUUCCUUCUGUGUGCUUUUAAAUGCCAUGUUAGGACUGGCCACACUUCUGCCUUUGUGAUGAUAGCAUCCUUUCUGCCCAUAUUUGCUCUGUUAAUUUUUAAAAAAACAACAACAUUGGAGCAAAUUACUACAAUUGUGUGUGGGGGGGUGAUUUUUGGAAGGAAAACCAUAAACGAAGGAUAACCCUUGUCCUGCGGUCCCAAACUAGUUUUAGUUGUGUUCGGGAUGAGGGCAGGAGAGAGAUUAUGUUGCCAAUUGUAAGCAUGGAAAUACUUAAGUGUAUUUAAAAUUGCAUCUAGUUUGACUCCAAUAGUGCAGCUGCCAACCUUUGCACACUUGGGAGUAAGGCAUGUUUUGCUAAAGUGGGAGUUAUUCAUUCUGAAUGAAUAUGCUUUAACGAGGCUGCAUGGAUACAAAUUCUGGAAAACCACACUUGAAAUUGACAGGCAAGAAAAGUAAUUGGACAGAUAGUUUUUUUAGCUUAGUUGUUAAAUGCAUCAGUCAGAAGUGAUGUAGGAUAUAAAAAGUUCAAAUAAAUUGCUAGUUGAAAAAUUUCAGCAAAGCUGAUUAUGUGUAAUAUAAAUGUAUGAUUACCACAACCAUGGAAGCUUGGACUGGAAAUGUACUAUUCCACAAACAUAUGUAUUUUCAAGGAUUAUUUGAUACCUGGGUCUCACUCUGUGUGCAAGGGGACACUGGGAUAUCUGCUGUGCACUUUGUUAAGUGACUUUGUGCAUUUGGCUCUUAUUGGCCUGAUUUCUAGCUAUUUUUUUGAUCUGCCAGCCUGCAACUGAAUACUCUGAAUGAACAAUUUCUUUGAAAGUCUCUGGCAUUCAUGGCAAUGGCUUUGGAACCUGCUCUGGGUAAUCUUGGGCGUGGGCAUGCUUAUUAGAAUUUUCUGCUUUUCCCCUUUACAUAGCAGACUGCCAUACCAGAUCACAAAUUACUUUUUGAAAAUAUUUCAAUAAAAUAUUAUUAUUAUUAAUUAUUCUACCCCCGCCCAUCUGGCUGGGUUUUCCCAGCCACUCUGGGCAGCUUUCAACAGAACAUUAAAAAUAGAAUAAAACUUCAAACAUUUAAAACUUCCCUAAACAGGGCUGCCUUCACAUGCCUUCUAAAAGUCAGAUAGUUGCUUAUUUCCCUGGCAUCUGAGGAGAGGGCAUUCCACAGGGUGGUGCCACUACCAAGAAGGCCCUAUGCCUGGUUUCCUGUAACCUCACUUCUCGCAGGGAGGGAACCGCCAGAGAGGCUUGCCACUGGCUGCUGCUGCUGGUGCUAUUGCUAGAGAAACCUCAACCCAAAGCUACAUCAGUUGUGCAGAACUAACUGGUAAGAUCUCUGGAUCUUGGCCAAUAUGUACAAAUUUAAUUCUUUGCCUGCUUGGUAAAUUUUAAAGUCACCUUACAUUUUUCCAAGUUAUAGUGAGAGGAGCUUUGCUUUUAAAACUUUUACUAAAAUCUUCUGUUUCCUCUUUGUUGCACCUCCCUUAGGCAGUCAUGGCCAACCAAAAUCGAUGUCCCUCAAGACUUGGAAGAUGACCUUACAGCUUCUCCUCUCUCCCAUGGAGGCGUUCCUCAGUCUCCAGCUCGCAGUGCUGAAAAUGUUCUUAAUGGUCACCGGAGCAAGGCACUUAAUGAUGCAUCAAAGAAGGAGGACAUUCCUGAAUUAGCAGGACCAGCACUUUCCGUCGUUCCUUCGGUGAGCUUAAAACCUACAACUAGCGGUCGGAAGUGCUUGUUUAGGGUGGAAGAAGACGAGGAGGAGGACGAAGAAGAUAAAAAACCAGUCUCCCUUUCGACCCAAGUGGUCCUGCGCCGCAAGCCUUCCGUUACAAACCGUCUUACUUCCCGGAAAAGCGCCCCGGUCCUGAACCAGAUCUUUGAGGAAGGGGAGUCAGACGACGAGUUUGACAUGGAUGAGAACUUGCCCCCCAAACUUAGCCGUCUAAAAAUGAACAUUGCUUCGCCAAGCACCGUGCACAAGCGCUACCACCGAAGGAAAAGCCAGGGUCGGGGAUCGAGCUGCAGCAGCUCAGAAACAAGCGACGACGACUCCGAAAGCAGGCGGCGUCUCGAUAAAGACAGCGGGUUUACUUACUCCUGGCACAGACGGGAUAGUAGCGAGGGACCUCCCGGCAAUCAGGGAGACGGCAGCGGACAAGGAAAACCAAGCAAUGGAAACGGAGGAGUAGACAAAACGAGCCCUGGCGACAACAACAAAGGGGGCGGAAGUCCUUCCAGUAGUUCUAGCGGAAGCACAAAUAACAAUUCGGGUUCCACUCGCAGGUGCGCCGGAUCUGGAAAUUCAAUGCAGUUGUCUUCAAGAAGCGCGGGCGACCUGGUGGAAAGCCUCAAAUUAAUGAGCCUCUGCUUAGGUUCACAGAUUCACAGUAGCACUAAAUACAUUAUUGAUCCGCAAAACACCAUCUCCUUUUCCAGCGUCAAGGUACAGGAGAAAUCCACGUGGAAGAUGUGCAUAAGUUCCUCUGGGAAUGUAAAUCCAGCUUCGUCCUUGGGCAGUAUAAAAUUCUUUUCUGAUCAGAUGUCAGACACUGCAAACAAAUUAGAACGGAUAAAGAGCAAGAACUUGAAAAAUAACGUGCUCCAACUACCUCUGUGUGAAAAGACUAUAUCUGUGAAUAUUCAGCGAAACCCGAAGGAGGGAUUGCUGUGUACCGCUGGCCAAGCUACUUGCUGUCACGUUGUUUGACAGUAAUCAGACUUAACUCAUUCUACUUGACAUCACCAAUCUUCCUUUUCUGCGCUGUGAAUACUUUAUUUCACUGAAACCCUUCAUUGUCAUUGUCUUAAUAUUUUUAAAUGAGCUUUGAGCAGUAAUUUAUUACAUUUUAAUUUAGUUUGCUUGAAAUGACAAUGCAUGAUUUUGUGCAUGCUGCUAGCCAAUAAUUAUUUUUUUUGUUCCCAACGAAAACAGGAUUUGUGUACUUUUUUACAUUUAUAAUUUUACUAUAGAAAAUCUGGAUUACAGUAAGGCUUGUGUCCGAAUCCAGUGUAAAUGAAGCACUUAGUAGUUUCACAUUCUGCACUUAAAUUAGAGAGAGAGAGCGCUUUUGUUUCUUUGUGAAAUGUCCAAUCUUGUUCUGAUCUUCUGUGUUUCCUAAACUAUGUGAGAUGCGGCAUAAUUCUGUGUGUUUGCAACAGAACCAAAGCAAUAAUGUUUUGAUGCUGAAAACUUCUGUGAGCUUUCAGAUUUCCAAGGCUUGUACAAAGCAAGGAUGCACUGAGAAUUUAAGAGAUCUUGAACUAUAAUUUUUAUCCCCACAUCUCUUUUGUCUUAAACUAUAAUAUGCAUGAGGUGGUGGCUGAAGAUCUUGGUUUGUUACAGACAAGAUGGGGGGGGGGGAAAUAGUUAAGGCAGCUUCCCCCGAGAAAAAUUGUACAUGCAGACAAUCUUUUAAAAACUCUAUUACAAAGGAAAAUUAUAAAGUCAUCUGCUUGGAGUAUUUUUUAAAAAAACAAUCUAAGGGAGAACACAUCUGUUACUAGAGUCUAUUAUCAUGGCAGUUGUUGGGUACAGUGCAAGACUAUAUAAAUUGGACCAAUCUGUGUGACUUUUGAGAGGUCUUUUCCAGUAAGCUAGUUCCUGUAAAUUAACUAGCCAUAAGCAUAGUAAAAGGCUUAACAAAGUUUCCUCCUCCUGUCUUUCACCCUACCCCACAGCAUUUUGAAGCCUGCUCUCAAUAUUAUUGAUUACCUGAAGGAUGUAACUGAGCAUCUUAAUUCCACAUUUCCAUUAUUUCCAUGUAAACAAAUGAACAGGCCAAUCAAGAUGGGUGUCUGCGUGUUGUGAGAUAUAUCAAAAGUGCUCCAAAAUGCAGCACUGUAUCCAGUCACCUAAACCAAUUGUUUAAGUGAAUUUAGGGAGAGCAGAAAACAGUUGCUAGAAUUUGAAUAGGUGGUCUGUUCAGAUCAGAAAGGAUCUUAAUGGGAGUGCAUUAACAUUGUGCAUCCUAAAUACACUCCACAGAUCAACGUGCCAUGUACUGCAAAUUUCUAGAAUUUUUUUCAAUAUAAAAUUUAGUUUGGGGUAUAACAGUCUUGUUUAUUUCCCUUCCAUAACUCUCUCUCCAAAUCGAGUCAGACAACACAAGUUGCAUGGAUCAAUUUCUUUUUACAUUCUGCACAGCUCUUAGUUUUUCUCUUUUUUUAACCCCUUGCUACUGAGAUGUCAGCAGAUAAAUAGGCUGGCAUUUUUAAUGUACAAAAGGAAACUUUUGACCAGGUGAACUUCUUUGAACUUUUAUCUAGAAUAAAAUAUAUUGCAGAUUCCCAAUUUUGGGAAGGACAAGAAUGUUAUUUUUUCAAGCUCUGUGCGCUGGGUCUUCAAAGCAAUGCUGGUAAGUAUUGAUGGUAUUAUGUAGCAACAACCCAGGCAGGCACUGAUUAAGAGACUUUACACAGUUUAGUAUCUAAAUGCUAGCAAAAUGGUCAAGUAGAAUGCAUUUCAUUUACCUUGUAGACUGUAGAGCACCAAAGAACUGUUUUUGGUUAUGAUACAUUCAUGUUUGCUUCUUUUAGUGUGGCAAAGGAUGCAACCCAAAGCAUAUUUACAAGGAAGUAAAUCCCAGUGUGUUCAGCAUGGCUUACUUCCAAGUAAACAUGUUCAGAAUUAGGCUGCAAAUCUCAAUCAUGCAGCCUAUUUUAUUAUCAAGCUUAAGAGGGGAAUAUAUUUUCCCAGCAAAACAAGUUACAAAUGAAACACUUUGCUUUAGUUUUGUUUUUUAAGCUUAUGUUGCAGUGUAGUUUUAAAACAGCCUAUCAUACAUGUAUGAUAUCUACACAGUUGAAAGCUACAAGAACAGGCAUGCCGGCGAAGCCAUAGCGCAUAUUUCUUUGAAAUUUACUUAAGCAGGGAUCUUACAAAGGGCCAGAAAUAUGGACAGUUCACAGAUGACGGUGAACAGAGCAUCUAUAUAAAAAGUAGGAGAAAGUUUAUAAAGGGCAUUGGCAAUAAACUGUUGCAGCUUUUUAUUUUCAAGUCUUGUAAAUAUUCUUUCCACACGUUAUGUACAGCCUUGGAAUGGCACCUUUUGACUAAUCCCAGACGUUUUUUCAUUCCCUCUGUUUUUUAUAUACAAAUGUGUAUAUACGGUGCUCACUUUAGAACAGCAGUGUUGACCAUUUAUGCUGCAUAGCUGUAACAUAGCCUUAUUUAGUUGUGUAUGGUUGGUUGAACCUCUGGGUGUACAGAUGUUAGCUUGAGUGUUGUCUUUUUAAUCCAUUUAUUCACCGGUGAAUGAUUGUGCAUGUGUUGUAUGUUGUAUUACGUCAUGUUAAAAGGAGGGAGAGAAUAACCACUACAUUGAAAUAUAUUGGACCAAACUAUUAUAGAACAAGUAACAGUUUCUUGUACCCCUUAAAUCUGUCUUUACAAGUUGCAUAUAGUCAACGUAGCAUAUAAAUUAAAUAUUGUGGAAAGCAACUAGUCUUGUAUUUUUCUGUAUGUGUAUAUAAUGUACCUCUAGCAACUUUAUCUGUAUUUAAGAUGUGACAAUCUUGACACAGAAUUUUACAAUUAGUAAAAUAAAGCAGAAUAAAAAUGGAGAAAAGCUACGUGUAUUAGGGGGAGGGUACAGAAAUACCAGUUGAUCCUUGUCAAUUGCUUCCAGCGAUGUUUGGCUUUCUUCAUUGUAUAAACAUUCAUGGUGUGUGACAAAUGGAAAAAAAAAUCCAGUUAAUAAAAAUGACCUCUUGAUUGGUGCAUAAA